AUGGACAGACCGCCUUCCAGAUCACGAGCGCCGUUGAGCCUCGAAGCUCUCAUUGACGAGGAAAACAGAGAAGUCCUCGCUGCCAUGGAUCGCUCCAAAAGAUCCGCGUCCCCUCUGCCUAAAGUCGCCCACGCUCGAACCGCAACGCCUCCGCCUCCCAUCCGAAGCAUGCUCGAUGUUGACGAUUUCACACCCAGACACGGCUCAAUCGCAGGCAUAGGCGUUGGAAUCACAAGCCCAAGGAGAUCUUCUAGAUUGGAUCCUGCAGACCCUUCGACCUACACCUCUCCACACUCCAGCAAACCAAACUCGCCUGUACUUUCAAAAGCUGUCCCCGUCAGCACGCGACAACGAGGUUCUUCAGAUGCGGAUCGACCGACGGGCCUUCCCAAGAUACAACCAGAUGACAAACGGGAUUUUGAGCAAAACUAUCAAUUUGAUAUAGCUUCUAUACCUUCCAGUGCAGCCCUACGGUCGCCCGCGGAAGGCAAGAGACCACGUGAGGGCUCGAGUCCAUCGAUGGCUGCUGCAAUGUCAGGCGACUUCUCUAAUUUGUACGUGGCCAAGCCUAAAGGUGCUGGAAACCAAACCUCCACAGCUGCUCAUCACUCGAGAUCUGCUUCCUCGCCUACUAUGAGCUCCAGAUCAGAUUUGUUGAGCCCUCCCAGUCCGAGGGGACACCUGCUGCUAGACCCCCGAAAUUCCGCCGAGAGUCAAGCGUCCAACAAAUCCGAUAGCUUUUCCACGGUCAACGACGACUCCGAAGGACCUUCUGGCCGUGUACCACGGGAUGGACCAAUUGAGGAAGACGCUGUCGAAAGCAGUGAUGAGGAGGUUGACAGUAGCGAUGAAGACGAGACGACUAGAGGUCGCCCCGAAAGAAGGCCAAAUUCGACUGAAGAUCCACAGAUAAUAGCUCAAGCGUUGAGCAAGGAUAAAGAGAAUGAAUCGACCGCGACUCCGCCUGUAAAGUCACUCCUAGAGCCCUCUAUAUCCAUUACCAGCCCCUCAGGAGAAAGCAUGUCUGAACAGAAGCCUGAACACAAGCCUGAACAGAAACCGGAACAGAAGCCGGAACCUUAUGCACCUUCCACAACAUCUGUGGAGGACGAGGAUGAAGACUGGGCCGCAAUACAAAAGGCCAAAAGGCUCGCUAUCAAUAUCUCGCCUGUCGACUCCAGUGUCGCAAACCGGGAUUGUCGUGUGAUCCUCCGUGGUGACUGGUUGGGCUGCAAAAAGAAGGCGGAAGCGGGGCGGCGAUCGAGCAGACUAUAUCUUGUAUGUAGCGACCUGAGCGUCGAAGCAAGCUACGCCAUGGAAUGGGUGGUCGGGACCAUGUUGCGUGACGGCGACACUAUACUCGCCAUGCAUGCGAUUGAGGAUGAGUCUGCUGGAAAAGCAUCGGAGGAGCAACGAGACGCACUCACCGCAGAAGGUGCCCGUGCGGGCCAGGAAACUGCCGAUGUCAUGGAAACGCUUACUAGGCAAACAACCCAGGGCGGCGGGAUCAGUGCUGGCUUGAGCGCUAAGAACAAGUACAUUCCAGCUACGGAGGCGGAAAGCUUGUCAGGAUCAGUCGAUGCACGGAAAACAUCCAAGAAGCAGAUGGAGCGUCUCAGGGCUGUCGACUCGGUCAUUGAAAACUUUUUGAAACUUGUGCGGAAGACGCCAUUGGAAGUCCGGUGUACGGUGGAAGUAAUCCAUUGCAAGAGCCCGAAGCAUUUGAUUUUGGGGGCGAUUGAUGCACUUGAACCGACCCUCUGUGUUGUAGGCACCCGUGGCCGCAGCUCUUUGAAAGGGGUUCUUCUGGGGUCUUUCUCCAACUAUCUGGUGACCAAGUCUUCUGUCCCUGUGAUGGUGGCGCGAAGGAGGUUGAAGAAACCACGAUCAGACGUCAAGAUCAGCAGUACAAAAAUUCGGCUCAGCAACAAUCUUUCUGCCACUCAUAUUCCCACGAAACGAAGGAGUUUGACCCAGGCCAGAAUCGAUUGA